AUGUCUAUCACUUGGUUUGGACCGUCGCCUAGAGUGACCAUUACCAAGCCCGCACUGGUGCGAGAAGUACUGUCCAACAAGUCCGGCGACUUUGAGAAGCUCAAGUUGGGCCGACUUCAGAGGAUGUUGCACAAUGGCAUUGGUAGCCACGAGGGCGAGAAAUGGGCCAAGCACCGGAGGAUCAUCAACCCUGCCUUCCAUCUCGAGAAGCUCAAGGUGAUUUAUUAUUUAUUUUUGGUUGGGUCAUUGACAUGGCGGCAGACUGGCAUUGGUUGGUUCCAGGGAGUGACAAAAUUGGUGUUCAAUUUUCAGCGCAUGUUGCCAGCUUUCGCUGCAUGUUGCACCGACCUGGUGGACAGAUGGGAAGGCCUAGCCGCGGGUGACGCGCCAUGCGAGGUAGAUGUCUGGCCCGACAUGCAGAACCUGACAGGGGAUGUCAUCUCUCGCGCUGCCUUUGGCAGCAGCUACCUGGAGGGCCGGAGGAUCUUCCAGCUCCAGGGGGAGCAGAUCGAGCUCGCCGUGCUCGCCAUGAACAAGAUACAUAUCCCUGGUUAUUUGUUCUUCCCAACAAAAGCCAACCGAAGGAUGAGGCAGAUCGCUGCCGAGAUCGAGAGGAUCCUCAAGGGCAUCAUCGCGAAAAGAGAGAACGCCUUGAGGGCCGGUCAAGCCACGAGCGACGAUCUUCUCGGGCUGCUGCUGGAGUCCAACAUGGCACACACCAGGGCGGGCGGCAAUUCCAAGGCCGGCAUCACGACCGACGACGUGAUCGGAGAGUGCAAGCUAUUCUACUUCGCCGGCAUGGAGACCACGUCGGUGCUGCUCACGUGGACGAUGAUCGUCCUCUGCAUGCACCCGGAGUGGCAGGACCGCGCCAGGGAGGAGGUCCUGCAUGUCUUCGGCGACCGCACGCCGGAUUACGACGGGCUGAGUCGCCUGAGAAUUGUGACCAUGGUGCUGUACGAGGUGCUGCGGCUAUACACGCCGCUGACGGCGCUCCAGCGCAAGACGUACAGGCCGACGGAGCUCGGCGGCGUCAGGUACCCGGCGGGCGUGGUGCUUAUGCUGCCGUUGUUGAGCGUCCACCACGACAAGGAGGUUUGGGGCGCGGACGCCCAUGAGUUCAGGCCGGAGAGGUUCUCCGAGGGGAUCUCCAAGGCGUCCGUCGACGCGCCGGCCUUCUUCCCGUUCGGCUGGGGCCCGCGGAUCUGCGUCGGCCAGAGCUUCGCACUGCUCGAGGCUAAAAUGGGGCUCGCCAUGAUCCUGCAGCGCUUCUCCUUCGACCUCUCGCCGUCCUACACACACGCGCCCUUCACCGUUGGCCUGCUGCAGCCUGAGCACGGCGCGCAGGUCAGGCUCAAGAGGCUUCACUGA